AUGGAUAGGUACUCGGAAAGCUGUGCAAGUAAUAGAGUCAUCGUGCUGGAUGGUGACACCAAAACCUCCACGUUCUCUGAUGUAUUCAAGAAGGAGCACCCUGAGCAGUUCAGCAAGUGUUUUAGCGCCAAGCAAAACAUGGUGUGCGUGGUGCUGGGAUACAUCAUCUGUUGUCAGACCAUUGCUUUUGCUGGCACCUUUGCUGCCUUUUUGACAGUAUUUGACCAGAUCCAGAUGGGAGGCAUCUCUCAAACCACCAUCAACCUUACUGGGUCCCACUGAGGGUUAUCUGUUGGUGGAGACUGCCCCUCCCAGAUGGCCUUGCGGGAUCUGGCCAUGCUCCGAGCCAUUCCCAACUGCACUAUUUUCUAUCCAGGUGAUGCUGUCUCGACAGAGCAUGCUGUUCUCCUGGCAGCCAAUACCAAGGAGAUGUGCUACAUUCAGACCAGCCGGCCAGAGUGUGCAGUUAUUUAUACCCCACAAGAAAAGUUUGAGAUAGGAAAGGCCAAGGUACUGUCCGCAGGGCUUAAGCUACAUGAAGCUUUAGCAGCUGCUGAAGAUCUUACCAAGCAAGCUCAGUUCAAGCUGGGGAGAGAUAUUUCUGUCCGUGUCAUCGACCUGUUCACUGUUAAGCCCCUGGACGUUGCCACCAUCACCUCCAGUGCAAAAGCCACAGGUGGCCGAGUUAUCACAGUGGAGGAUCACUACCCAGAAGGUAGCAUCGGGGAGGCCAUCUCUGCAGCUCUCUCCAUGGAGCCUGACAUCCUGGUCCAUCAGCUGGCAGUGCCAGGAGUGCCUCCGAGUGGGACACCAAGUGAGCUGAGGGAUAUGUUUGGAAUCCAUGCCAGGCACAUCAAAGACCUAUAG